CGUCGUUUAGUGCCACGCAGGCACCGUGCAGUGAUCCAACCACGGUGGAUGGGAGGGAUCACACCGAGCACCCUGAUAGCCACGUAGCUAUAUAACAACGUUAGCUGUGUAGCUAACGUCAACCAACCUCACGAUGGACCUGCCACAUCAUGGGUACCGAGCAACUAAACCGAGAGCUCGUGCAGCUCCCCCCACAGCAGAUUCUGUCCUGUUUGAAGACACCAGCUCUGCAGCACCAGCAAUGAACAAUCAAGCAUACUACACUCCUGGGUACAAUAUGGGAGCGCCCACAAAUGACAUGCAAGGAGGUACCGGGGUGGACAACCUGUUUGCCGACCCAAUGGCUAAUGCUGCAAUGAUGUACGGCUCCUCAUUAGCCAACCAAGGAAAGGAUAUUGUAAACAAAGAGAUCAGCAGAUACGUGUCUGUGAACAAGCUGAAAUACUUCUUUGCUGUCGACACCAGAUAUGUAUUGAAGAAACUCAUGAUCUUGAUGUUCCCUUACACACAUCAGGAUUGGGAAGUCCGUUACCAUCGGGACACUCCACUGACCCCACGACAGGAUGUGAAUGCACCUGAUCUUUACAUACCAACAAUGGCUUUCAUCACCUACAUUUUACUUGCUGGAAUUGCCCUCGGCAUUCAGAAAAGGUUCAGUCCAGAGGUCCUUGGACUGUGUGCCAGCACUGCCCUCGUGUGGGUCAUCAUCGAGGUCUUGGUGAUGUUGUUGAGCUUGUACCUGCUGACUGUACACAGCGACCUCUCGACUUUCGAUCUUAUUGCGUACAGUGGAUACAAAUAUGUUGGGAUGAUCUUCACAGUGUUGUGUGGCUUACUGUUUGGCAGUGAUGGUUAUUAUGUGGCCCUAGCCUGGUCCUCUUGUGCCCUUAUGUUCUUCAUUGUUCGAUCUCUGAAGAUAAAGAUCCUAACAUCUCUCUCAUCUGACUCCAUGGGAACUGGAUCAAGUGCCAAACCUCAGCUCCGCCUUUAUAUCACUAUGGCUACUGCAAUCUUUCAGCCAAUCAUUAUAUACUGGUUAACCUCUCACUUGAUCAGGUGACCACGAGGCAUUUAAUAACCUGAAGUCCAAGUGUAUUGGACCCAAAAAAAUGUGGUUGUUGAGUGUUUGUACACUUGCCUUUAUAUGCUCUUUUGUCAGUAAACUCAAAACAUAUGUAGACGGUGUUGAAUUGCAGCGUGUUGAGCUUGUCAGAUGGACAUGUUCAUAAUGCAAUGGUUUCAUUCAUUUAAACAAAGUGUGACAGAAAAUGUCUCACUGGAAGAUUGUUGUCUUCUACCAUGAGUGUACAAUAACACAUUUUUGGCCACCUAACUUUGAAAACAAGGGCUUUCAUUGUGAGAUUUGUUCAAUAAUAACUCAGUUUAACUUUCCUUUUUAUAAAAUGUCCCUGGACAUGUUUCUAGUAUUUAUGCCACACAGUACAAACCACACAUUACACACAUGAGUGCCACUUUUCUGGUCUGGUAAUGUUGCUGCAUUAUCUCUCUUUCUCCUGUGAGUCCUGGAGUUAUUUUAUUUAUCUACAUUUGACAAAGCAUGACAAUGUUCGGAUUUUUUGUAGAAAAAAAUAAAUAUAUUUAGCUUUGUGCAUUCAAUUUUA